AUGAACAGAGAUAUAUUGUACGAUCUAACUGAAAAUGACUUAAAACAAAAUGAACAGAGGCUUCUUCUUGCAGUUGAAGAGCUAAAUGACUUACUAUUCGACUUGGAGCAAGAGAAACAAGAACUAAUAAGCACAAGAGACAUGCUGAUGGAAACCUUAAAAGAAAUAGAACCGAAGCCAGAAAAUAUCAUGAAUAAAGUCAAAAAUUUAGCAAUGGGGGUAUGGAAUAAUCUGGUUGAUGGGAAAAGUGUUCACAGCCAAGAUAGAGAAGAAUGGGAAAAGAUCAUGAAAGAAAUGGGAUAG